AUGGCGCAGCCAGUGCUCUAUCCGCCAACCCAGCUGUCCCCGGCCGCCGCGCUGGCAUUGUCCCAGCGCGCUCCCACAAUCCUAAGGAGCUCACCGUCGACCGUGUCCUCAUCACCCUUCAGCGCCUUGUUUGCAGGCUCCGAGAAGUCGGAGCUGUGGUUACAAUACGAGAACCUUAUUCUCUCAUGUUUGAGGACGGGGGAUGAGAAUGCCGCGCGCCAAUGCCUCCAGCGCCUUGUCGCCCGCUUCGGAGAGGACAACGAGCGGGUGCAAGCCCUUAGCGGCCUGGUGAAGGAGGCCGAGGCCAAGAGCAACAGCGCUUUGGAGGGUAUCUUGAAGGAAUACGAUCAGAUACUCAGCGAGAGUGACACCAACAUCCCUAUUGUGAAGAGGCGGAUCGCGCUCUUGCGGUCCAUGGGGCGCGUUUCCGACGCAACGUCAGCCCUUGUACAGCUGCUCGAGUUCUCACCCACAGAUGCCGAAGCGUGGUCUGAGCUGUCGGAUAUCUACCUGUCCCAGGGCCUGUACCCACAGGCGAUCUACGCCAUGGAAGAGGUUCUGGUAUUGGCGCCAAAUGCAUGGAAUAUACAUGCGCGACUGGGCGAACUGCAGUACAUGGCCGCCACUGCUCCCGGUGUGGCCCAUGGGUCAUACCAGAAGUACAUGGCUGAGGCUAUCAAGCGUUUCUCGCGCAGCAUCGAGCUCUGCGACGAUUAUCUCCGCGGAUACUAUGGCUUAAAGCUGGUCUCCAAGAAGCUGCUUAGCGAUGGCGCCAAGGCGACAAAGCUACCCGAGGACGGUGAGGUCUCCUUCCCCGACACGAAAACCAUUGAGCGACUCAAUGAGCUGGCCACGGCCAAGCUGGUCGAGAUCGUUCGACAUAGUACGGCGCAUGACCGCGGCUGGCGGGGCUACAGCCAAGCGGAAAUUGCAGCAGCUCAAGAGUUGCUCUCUGAGGACGAAUCUGCCGCGUCCGGGAUCAAGAGAUAA